GGGAAACAUGUUUUUUCACUCUUCAGAAAAAACGGAAGGAAUGAGGAUUGCUCCACAUAAGAACAAGGGAAACAUUCAAAACUUGAAAGAGAAACAUUCAAAACUUCUAACAUCUUUUUAUGUUUCUAUAACAUGCAUGUGAGUCUUUAAAGCUUCUUUUAUAUUUCUAUUUUUUUUUUUUUUUUUAUAUUUCUUUAACAAGCAUAGUUUGUUUAACUGCAUGGCACUGCUCAUUUCUAUGUAAUGCAUAUUAUUUAACUUUGCCACUGAUAUUAACAUUGUGGUUAAAUGCUCAAGCAUGCAUGUGAAUAUAUCUAAAUGUGUGUUUGUAUCAAUAAAUAUGGUGUUAAUAAUCAUAAAUUCUUUUUAUGUGUCUGAGGCAGACUUUACCUUUCCUAUCUCUAUUUCUUGUGUCCACUAAAUUUUUCACUGUAGUUAUUUAACCACUUUUACUGCAGCAUAAACCAUGUUUUCCACUACAUUUUCCUCUGUUGUCUACAUUCUUUUUUUUUUAUUCCACUUAUUUUUAUAUGUUUUUGCUGGAAUGGACUCCUGCCACAAUGAGGAAGGCACGCCAAGUGUUUGUAUGCCUAAAUUUGAGAAUGCCGCCUUCAAUCGUACCAUAAUUGUUUCAAACAUGUGUGGCUCUCCACCUGAGGACUACUGCAUGCAGACAGGGUCUACGCGUUCCUGUCGGCAUUGUGAUGCUUUAGACCUUAAGACAAACCACAAUGCCACGUACCUGAACGACUUCCACAGUGAUGAGGAACCUACAUGGUGGCAAAGCCAGUCGAUGUUCUACGGAGUGCAGUACCCCAACUCUGUGAAUCUAACAUUACACUUGGGUAAAGCCUAUGAGAUCACAUACGUCCGGUUGAAGUUCUACACCAGCCGCCCAGAGAGCUUUGCCAUUUACAAGCGUACAAAUGAGACAGCACCUUGGCAGCCAUACCAGUACUAUAGUGCAUCUUGUCGUAAGACUUAUGGGAGGAAUUCCAAGGGCUUCAUUCGGCCUGGAGAAGAAGAAAGAACGGCACUUUGUACAGAUGAGUUUAGUGACAUCUCUCCCCUGACAGGAGGAAACGUAGCCUUUUCUACUCUCGAAGGAAGACCCAGUGCUUACAACUUUGACCAGAGCCCAGUGCUUCAGGAAUGGGUGACAGCUACAGACCUACUGAUCUCAUUAAACAGACUUAACACCUUUGGAGACGAGUUCUUCAAGGACGCCAAAGUGCUGCGCUCCUACUUUUAUGCUAUCUCUGACUUUUCUGUGGGGGGCAGAUGCAAGUGUAAUGGGCACGGCAGCGAGUGUGUACCAAAUAAACAAGGCCGUUUGGUGUGUGUGUGUGAGCACUACACUGCUGGGACAGAUUGCCAACAAUGUGCUCCAUUCUACCGGGACCGGCCAUGGGCUCGUGCCACUGGAGACUCUGCCAAUCAGUGUGUUAAAUGUAACUGCAGUGACCGUGCAGACCAGUGCCUGUUUGAUAUAGAGCAAUACCGCAGUACAGGUAGUGGUGGGCGGUGUAUUGGCUGCAGAGACAACACAUCAGGGCCACAUUGUGAACGAUGCAGAGAAAACUUCUACAGAUCCUCUCCAUUGCUUCCUUGCAACAACUGCAGUUGUAACACUAUGGGCUCUGUGAGUCUCCAAUGUGAUGAGGAAGGUGUGUGUCUCUGUAGGCAAAGUGUGAUGGGGGUAAAGUGUGAUGUCUGCAGGCCUGGCUUCCACUCCCUUGGACCAGGAGGCUGCAGGUUGUGUCAGUGUGAUGAAAGGGGCAGUGUAGGUGUGUGCUCAGCUGGAGAUGGAAGGUGCUACUGCAAACCCAAUGUGGAAGGGCACUCAUGUGAUAGGUGCAAACCUGGCUCUUUCAACCUUCAGCCUGGGAACGCACAUGGCUGUCAGAUGUGCUUCUGCUUUGGACACUCACUGGCAUGUUCAUCCUCCAAUCAUCAUGUCCAAUUUAACAUCACUUCCAGCUUUCUUGAAGACACCGAUGGCUGGCUUGGUGAGUUCUCAGGACAUCUGGAAGCUUCCUUAAUAUGGAAAGAGGGAGAAGUCUACCUGCUACCUUAUAGUGAGGAGGACAUUGGCUUCUAUAAAGCACCAGCAAAGUUUCUGGGGAACCAACUGCUAAGUUACGGCCAGCACCUUACCUUGUCGUUCACGGCUGAAUCAAGUGAGCUGUUGCCCAGGAUUGUGACUGUGGAUCUUAAAGGAUCUGGACUGUCAGUUAGCGCUAAUGUGUUUGCGAAGCAAUAUGUGGAUAAUGUGCCUAGCCAAGCCCCCCGUAACAUCUUCACCCUCAGGUUAACCGAAACAGAGGUGAAUCCAUCACUUACCGAAUUUGAGUUUCAACGUUUACUCAACAACCUGACUGCACUACACAUCAGCAAUGUAGGAGGACGAAACUAUACCUCCCAGCUUUCUGGGGUGACACUGACCUCUGCAACAGUGGUUGAAUCCUACUAUUACAUCCCCUCUGCUCCACCUGCCCCCUGGGUUGAGGUGUGUACAUGCCCACCAGGAUUCAUUGGACAAUUCUGCGAGCAGUGUGCACCAGGUUUUACUCGAGAUAAUCCUAAUGGUGGUCCAUAUUCACCCUGUGUGCCAUGUAACUGUAACCACCACGGGACGUGCCAUCCUGAAACAGGUGUCUGUGACUGCACAGACUUCACAACUGGUCCCUCUUGUGAGCGUUGUCAGGAUGGUUACUAUGGGAACGCAGUGACUGGCAGCCCAGGAGACUGCGUGCCCUGCCCAUGCCCAGGCCGUACCACAUGUGCCCAGGUGCCAGAGACAGGGGAGGUGGUAUGUACCAAUUGCCCAUCAGGACAGAGGGGAAUGAGAUGUGAGUUAUGUGAAGAUGGUUUCUACGGUGACCCACUUGGCUGGCAUGGUGAGGUACGGUCGUGUGUAAGGUGCGAGUGUAAUGAAAACACAGACCCCAAUGCCGUGGGUGUGUGCGAUCAUGUGACUGGACGCUGCCUCAAAUGUAUAGGAAACACAGAUGGGGACAGAUGUGAAAAAUGCCAAAGUGGUUACUACGGAAAUGCUCUGGAUAGGACCCUAAAUCCUUCACAAAAAUGUCUGCCCUGUGUCUGUAACCCGGCUGGCACUCUGGGGUCUGUGAAUGAGUGUGAUCCUCGCACAGGAAGAUGUUUGUGCCUGAGGCAUGUGACAGGAAGAGACUGUGGACAGUGUGAGUUUGGUUACUUCAACCUGAAGCCAGGGCUUGGCUGUGAGAGCUGUAACUGCAAUCCCACUGGCUCCUCAUCCCAGGUGUGUCACCCAAUCACAGGCCAGUGUAUGUGUCGGACAGGUAUCGAGGGCAGAAUGUGUGGUGCCUGUCACAUGGGAUUUUUUGGAUUUUCAUCCAGAGGCUGCAGAGCCUGUAACUGUGACCCAAUGGGAUCAGUGUCCAUGCAGUGCCAUGCCAACGGAACGUGCCUGUGUCGCCAAGGUUUUGUGGGUUACAAGUGUGACAAGUGUGAGCUGAAUCACUACCAAAACCCAUUGACCCACCAGUGUGAGGAGUGCCCUGUGUGCUACAGUCUCAUCAGAGACCAGGUGACUAAACUUAAAAGCCAGCUGUACAGUUUAGAGAGACUGCUUUCCAACUAUGACUGCAGGAGACCAGGCAUGAGGCAACUAAUCUAUGUGCGUCCAAAUCACAUACGACAGCGUCACAAGCUCGACAAUCACUUGCAUGAGCAUCAAGGGGAGGAUUACUUACCCAAUGCACUGGAGGAUUUUCUAGCCAUCCAAGAGGCACGAGAUGCUUUCAUCAGCCAGCUCACACAGCUGGAAACAUCUGCACAAGCCCUACAGCUGCAGCUGCAUUACUUUGCCAAUAUAAUUAACUGCAACCUCCUAAAGGAAAAAGGAAGUGCUGGCCGUGAGCAAAGCAAUAUGACGUUGAAGUCAAUAAAUAAGUGCCGAGCUCUUGUGGACACAUUUGCUGCUGUCACCCAAUCGCACUCACAGCUUCAGAAGAUGACCUUAGACCUUAACAGUCUAGUAAUUCCAUUCAUUAUCCCAAAAGGACCAACUGAAUGGAAUGCCCUUGUGAAUGAAUCAGAAGCUUUGGUUAGCAGUCAAAACAAAAUGGCUGCUCAGAUUGAAGGGCUAGCAGGAGAGGCUUUAAAAGUUUCUAACAAAACCUAUUUGAUAUUGCUGGACCUACUAGAGGACAACUCAACAGAGCAUCAUAUACAAGAGCUUACUGAGCGACUGUCAGAGAUGCAGCAGCUGAAGGAGAAUCUUACACGACAGGCAAAUGAGACCCAUGCCACCUACCUGUCAGUGGAGAAGCAGAACAAAGAAGCAGAGGCCAUUUUACAAAAUGUUACCGACACUCUCCCCAAGCAGCACAAGGACAUAAAUAACAACCCCGUGAACGCAACCUUUGCAGAGCAGCUCAAUGAAGCAGAUAAUACAUUAACACAGGAUGCACAGCUGAUCCAGAGCCUAGACCUGGCUAACAGGACGACAGAGUUGGAUUUGCUGAUCCAGUCCAAGGAACAGUUGCUAAAUAAGACCAGGCAGGAGUUAGAACCAAGACUAGCAAAUGCACUUAAUGAUCUAAACACCACUGAAGAGUUCCACCAGCUGACAGAUCUUGCCCUGGGGCUCAAAGAGGCAGCCCUCACUUCAGUGGUGGAAGGAAAGAAGAUAGAAUCGGAGGCAUCCUCUCUUCAUAAACAUAUAGAGGGCAUAGAGAAGGAGUGGCCUGUUCUGCGCACUACAACACGCGAAGCUCUGAAGCGAGAAGGCAUUGUGGAGAAGAAAAUCCUGACGGAGCUGAACAAGAAGGUGAGGCAUGCUGAGAGAGUGCUCAGACCUGCGCUGGGGAAUGCAACGCAAGCAAGAGAUAAAGCAUUGCAGACUCAGAAGACGGCUAAUUCUGUGGCCAAGGAGGCUAAGGCAUCUCUGUCACAAGCAAAGCAGACAAAGAAGGUGUCUGCUCAACUGAAGAAGGGUGUGAUAUCAGCAGUGCAGCAGCUGACAGAGCAGGAGGUCUUAGCUUCUCAGGUGGCAGCAGAAAUGCCAGAUGAGGCUGAUAUUUCUUUAAAGGGAGUGAUGGGCAGCAUGGAGUCAGCCAAGAGCCAGCUGGAGGGUUUUACUCACAUGCUAGCCGAGAUGCUUGGUCAGAUAGCAGAAAGGAACAUAGACGUGGAAAAGUACGACCGUGUGCUGAAUGAGACAGCUGCACGUCUCCGAGUACUCCGAGGCAGUGUGGAAAGCCCAGCACUGACCAAGAAGUUCCAGAUACUUCUUGGAGCUGCUGAGGCUCAAGAAAAGCAGCUGGUGGAGCUUGAAAAGAAUCUGCAGGACAUCCAAGAAGAGCAGGACAGCCUGAAUGAUAUUGCUCAGAAUCUGCCCAAACAAUGCCCAGAGAGGAGAAAUAAAAGAGGCUAGAAAAGACAAACUAUAUCUUUGGCAUACUCAUUGUUAAAUAUUUGAUUGAAUAAAUAUUAUCUGGAUCUAGUGGAGGUGAGGUGUGCUCACUGAAAAUCGUUAAUGCAGUUCCACGUCACACAACCAGGUGUACAAGCACUAAUAAAAAUUUGGUUUCUGACAUUACAUAUACAGUUAAACCAUACAUGUUUGAAUUGCAACCUAUGCAUUAUAACCCAUACUGAAAUUCAAUAAAAGAGAAAGUCUUUAUUUAUGUUUUUUUAGUUAUUUGGUUUUUAUUAUGAUCUACCAAAUUGUGUAACUUUUAGUCUCAAUUUAGAGUCUUGUAACUAAAUCCAGCUAUAUCUGAUGCGUGUCUGCAUGUCAAAAAUGCAUGUCUGCUGGCUUAUAUUAGAAAACUCU